GGAAAGAAAAUCGACCGCCGCGCGGUAUGGCGUCUGCUGCGAACAACGCGACGCCGGGACGACGCAAGAAGACUGGACAACAAUACUUUGAUGUGGGCAAGGUCGGACGCAAGACUGGAAUCACUCUGCAAGACACUGGCAUUCGCGAUGAACACGGACUCGAGCCCGUUUCUGGCAUCUUCUCUUCGCCCAUUUCGCCUGAACAGAAUGGCGACAGGACGCUCACGAGCGAGACUAUGGAAGUGCAGGAUAGUUCAGCGCCCGAUGUGACCACUACUCUAGGGCAUCGCAAAACACCGCGACUGCCGCCUGCACGACAAUCACCGCUCAAGCGCACCAGUAUAGGAGGCUCGCCCAAGCGGAUGAGUUCAGUACGGCCUCAGUCGCGGCCUGCCAUAUCUGAGGAGCCGGCGAGCUCUCCGCGUGGGCAUAGCGAGCCUGCGGUGAACCGCAAGCUGCAAUUCGAAACGCUCAAUCGAAAUCGCAAAUCGCUUCGCGUCGUGGACUCACAGAGUCCCUUCAAGCCAAAGCACAAACUUCGGAGAUCUACUGGACCUGAGAGGCCGGAUGUGUACGACUACGAGGAGGACGAUUACGGUGCACAAGCGUCUUCCUACGAUCAGACGAACGGAAUCGUCGAGGAGGAGGAGGAGGAGGGCGUGGAGCAGUCAAUCGAGGGCGAUGAUCAGCCUCUGAUGAUAGGUGACGAACCUCGAGAAGUGGAACAGACCACACUCAGCGUCCGUGAAGCUGAAGCUCCUGCCAAACGGAGGCGCGGGCGACCUCGAAAGUCGGACGUGUCGAACACGAGCCAGGUCCAUAUAUCGCCGGAGGCUUCAUCUUCUGGCACGAAACGAGCAAGGACUAGUCUCCACGAUAGUCAAAUUGAAGCUGAUGAACAAGAGCGUCCAUCGAAAAAGUCCCGGCCCUCCAAUUCUUCUGCGCGAUACGAUCAAGGCGAAGAAGUAGAGGCUGGAGCAUCUUCAGUGAAUGUUGAAAACGAGAAUCUCACGAAUGUCGACGAUGUAGAUGGACAUCAGCCGUUUCUGGAUUCGCAAUUGGAGGCCCAGGCAGAUGCAGAGGAGCAGGUGGAGGUUCCGAAAAGGGGCAGAGGCAGGCCUAAAGGGAAGAAAGCAAAAGCUGCUGUUCUGAAGGAAAGCGAUGCUAAUCGCAACGUGAAACCCAGAGGUAGUCCAGUGAAGCCGAGCGGCUCGCCUAUCAAGGGACGAGGCGCAAGUAUGGGACCUGUUAGCAACGUGAACCUGCGAGCAGUCACUCCUGCUGCUGACGCUCAAGAGCAUACAUCUCGUGCCGGGAGGAAUCUGAUUAACCCGCUCAAAUUCUGGGAGAACGAGGGACGCAUAUGGAGGAACGGCGAAAUCGAGGGCAUCAUUCGUGCCGAGCCUGUGGAACAAUCUAGAGCACGAACGAAACGGCGGAAAAAGAGCCGUAAGAACGGAAACCGCCUCCGUGACAUUACCGAAGAGAGUGAGACCGAAUCCACCAUGCCUGAUGAGUGGGAAGAACAAGCUGGCGUCAUCGCCGGUAACGUGGCGAGCUGGGACCCAGUAAUGAAGGAAGGAGAUCCAGAGAAUCCCAGGGAAGAAGAUCUUGCGUUCGCCGCGUCUUCAAUCGUCACUCGAGACGUUGCUGGCUCUGAUUUCAAGUACGCCAAGGUCAUGACGCUCCCCUUCUUUGGAGCUGGCUUUGUAGAUCUACCCCCUGAGGGCUUCAAGCGUGCGAAGAACAGUCGAAAAAUGCAGAUGAUCUUCUUCGUGCACGAGGGGAAAGUCAUGGUCGAGAUUGGCGCUACUGGUAUGGAAGUCAAUCAAUUCGCACUCAGCAAAGGUGGCUGUUGGGUGGUUCCUAGAGGCAAUAACUAUGCUAUCACCAACGAAAGUCGAACCAAGAAUGCACGCAUAUUCUUUGCGCAGGGAUCUGAGGUCGAAAGCAGCGGGUGAUGCGUUGGCUUUUUUUGAUACGCAUUGAUUGUUGGCGCUACAGCAACCAUUUUGCGAAUCCGGAAUCGAGCCAACAUUCGCAGAUGGUUUCUCCGGUGGGUGGCAGGCAGAUGCAGCUCGAUUAUGGUCGUGAAUAAUGAGGGCGCCGCAUUGACAGAGUCAAUCAUGAGCGCCAUCGUGGCUAGCAUUGGAGACAGGCUGGCAUGCACGACAGGAGCGCCAUGUAUAACGCUUUGGGAGAGAAAAGAACGAAAUAACGUGGCGGCCGCGCGUGAUGUAUGCGGACUUGACCCGUGAGAGGACUGAGGGAGAGAUGAUGACUUGGGUCUUUGGAUCGAGACUCUUGUGAGAUACCCAGUUACAGCACGAUUUUUUCUUCUACGGCAG